AUGCUCGAUAGUUUCAGCGAGGAAGUUGGCAUGAUUCCUAACAAGGCUCGCAUGGUUCCUAUCAAGAAGCUGCGGGAGUUGGCCAUUCCAGCCAACAGUCCUAGACCACCUGUUGCAAUUGCUGUCAAGCAAUUUUUGUUGCUAGCUACUGGUUCGAUACUCUUGCCAACAUUUUCUCGGAGGUGCAAGCUGGACUUUGCUCCAUACCUAGGUGGGAGUGUUGAGGACGUGAGGGUGUACGAUUGGUGUACAUUUAUUGUCCGUGAACUGAAAGUAGAGUUGACUGUUGCCAAGAAAAAAGAACAUAGUGCAAAGGCGUUGGGCUCGCCGUGCGUGUGGUUCUCGGAGAUUGCUACUUCUUGAUACUCCAUCUGCUGGAC